CAAGUGGGUCGGUGUAUGAUAAAUCUGGUGAUUCUGCUUAUUUAAUAUAAGCUAUAAGAGGGAAGUGAAACUUAUAGACCAAACACAACAACAGAAGGAAGCAGGAACCAUUGCUUAGAUCUGUGAGAGAUUGGCUGCCAUCAUGGGGGAGUGGUCCUUCCUAUCUGAGAUGUUGGACAAGGUUGAAUCACACUCGACUAUAUUUGGCAAGGUCUGGAUGAGCGUUCUUUUUAUUUUCAGAAUCUUCAUUCUGGCAGCUGGUGUGGAUAGAAUAUGGGGAGAUGAACAAGGCAACAUGGAUUGCAACACCAAAAGCCCCGGCUGCAAGAAUGCUUGCUACGAUGCGUCUUUCCCCAUAUCUCACACACGCUUCUGGGUCCUCCAGAUCCUCACUGUCUCAACACCUACUUUCAUCUAUCUGGGUCACGUCCUGCUUGUUAUUCGCAAAGAGAAUAAGCUCAGGAGACACCUUGAGCAAAAACAGGAUUUAAAUAGGAUGAUCAAAUCUCCGAAAUAUUCUGAUGAACACGGCAAAGUGCACCUGAAAGGCUUUCUGUUGGUCAGCUAUAUGAUGCAGCUUCUGUUCAAGAUCUUGUUGGAGGUGGCCUUCGUUGUGGGUCAAUACUUUAUCUACGGCUUCAUUAUCAUGCCUGAAAAGAUCACGUUCCAAGGGGGAAGCUGUCAGACUGACACAAACUGCUUUAUCAGUCGUCCGACAGAAAAAACAGUGUUCAUCAUCUUUAUGUUGGCGAUGGCCGUCCUCUCUGUUGUGCUCAACAUUGCUGAAAUGUUGCAUCUGAUUAUUUCGAAACUGUGGCAGAAUAAAAGGAGGAGAAGUGAUUUAAAUCUGACUGACUAAAUUUACCUAGCUAACAAUAAAACAGGUCAAAAAGCCACAAGUCGAAUUUCAGAUGGUUGUUUUUAAUUUUAUGAGGUUUUUUUAAAGGCAGCCUUUCUUUAUUAAUCCAGCAGUAAACAGGAAAAGCACAAACAACAAGACAAAAAGUUCAUGAUAUCGUUAAGCACCCAUAUUUGGUAAAUAAGCCAAAUUGUAUAAGACAUUUGAUUUCUCACAAGCAAUAAGCAGAGUAAAAUAUUGAAUUAAAAAAAGUGUACAGUAGAACAUGUGAGAAUCAAUAACAUUGUAAUAAUAAUGGAACAUACAAAUUAAAUACAAUUAAAUUAAAUCAAAUUAAAUUAAAAAUAGUUAUAAUAAUAACAAUAAAUGAACAUGUGUUUUAAGAGAGAAAAAUGCAUUUAAAGCUGUGGUUUUCAAUCGGGUGGGGGGGGGGGCGGCGGAUUCAUGAUAGGGAGAGUCCAAAUAGUCCCACCACGGCCCCAUUUUCACAAUAGAUACUUUUCACGUGACGUCAUGAGUCACAUGACUUUUGUUCACAACGCCCACUGGACGGCAAAACUACAAUACAACUUGUGUUUUUUAGUGACCCUUUUGUGAAUAUUGGCUUGCUUAUAAGUGUCUUAUGGCCUUUUCAUUAUGGUAUUUCAUUGUGUGGCUUAUGGUUAUAAGAACAGAGAAAAAGGGGUCUGACACUACAGGCAUUGUUUACCUUUUGCUGGGGAUUCAACUAAUUUACUGUGGUAUGCUCAACACUUAUAUCUUUCCGGAGGUCUUUGAGCUGUCGAUAUACCUAAUAGCACCCGCGGUGAAACUUUACUUUCCAGGUUUGCGGUGGAUAACGUGAACCUCGUAGGUGUUGCUAGCCAUACCCUUUAGCUGCACUUUUGCUAACUCGUGGGAGCGGGCUAUGCCGAUCGCUUUUUUUGAGUGUGAGCGCCGGCCCGUGGCUGAGUAAAUUUUCACGCAGAGUCGGUGGGUUGGUAGCGAAACGUAUGCAGUCUUUGAUCAUCUCAUCGCUGUUUGUGUAGUUGUAGUCUUUAAGCAACAGCUUGAGAUCUGUCACAAAGGGAUUCACAGUUACCUUUUGCCUUCUUGUGAAACUUAUAUUUAGCAAAUACGGGGUUUGCUUUCGGAGUGAGGUAAUCUAAGAAUUAUUUGUAAUAGGUUUUUAGCAACUUAUCUUCGUCUCCGGUCAGUGUCUACGUAUUGCUAACAUCCCGUUCUUUCUUGCCGAUCCACAGCAGGAGGAAACUGCACUCUUCCUCUUCAGGUCUGUUUUUAAGAGGUCACGUGAACAUGAAUUUGGUGUGUUGUUGUCACAAAAACGUAAUCCCCCAAAAAGUUCGAAAACCACUGCUUUAAAGUCUGGACUGGGAAAUUUCCUUGAUGAAAAGUAUUUCAAAAUCCAAACCGACCAGCAUCCAUAGAGGUUCCACAUUAUAAAGAUAAGGGUGUAAAUUUUGCCCUCUAUCAUGUUAAGCACUACUUAAAGAUGAAAAUGGAAUGUUAGUCCAGCAAUAUGAGCAUAACUAAACAUACACAGCCGAGUCCUGAGGGUUAUAUAUUAUUUUGUUUGUAUUGUUUUCUUUGUGUUUCUUUUAUGUGUGACAUUGUAAAUUCGGAUGAUGUGACAAGGUGGAAGUUAUUCUUUGUUCCCUGUUGUUGUUUUGUUUUCAAACUACAUUUUUGCCAUGCUAUGUUUGGCGAUAUUUGUUUGAUAUACUGUACGGCUGUAUAUAUGCAAA